CGCAUUGCCGCCACAGACGCCACCGCCCCCGGCCAUGCGAAAAGCCACCAUCUUUCUCAUGGCGCUCGCCCUCUCCCUCGCCACGGCCGCUGCCCUGCCGGUGCCGGCGGCCAUGCCGCCCGCCAGGAGAAGCCGCUUCCUGGCGAACGUCAAAUUCCCGCCGCCGACGUCGUACUACGACUGCAUCAAGAAGCCGCCGUCUAUCUGCCUCGAGCCCGGCAGCCCGGGCGCGACGUGCUGCAAGGGCAUGUGCAUCGACACCGAGUACAACACCCAUCACUGCGGAAACUGCAACAGGUCGUGCAAGUACGGGGAGACCUGCUGCGCCGGCAAAUGCGUCAACCUCCUCACGGACAAGAAGAACUGCGGCGAGUGCGGCAACCAGUGCAGCAGCCAUGACUGCACGUUCGGCUUCUGCAACUACGCGGGGUGAUGCGCGCGCGCGCGGCCGGGGUUCGGCGGUGCAAACCAGCCGAGACAAUACACAUGCAUCAUAUCUCUUCAUCUAUCGAGAAAUAAAAAUGACAGUACGUAUAUUUUCUAUUGUUGAGCUAGCUCCUGGAUAUACGUAUAUACAGAAAAAAGGGGACAAACUUAUACCAAGGAUUUACGUACAUGUGUUCGUAUCAUGAUUUAUAUAUGUGUUUAAUUAAUUGUUGGGGAACAUCAUAUCAUAUAUAUGCGAGUGUGGUCGUCACGGUAUAUUGUGUUGUAAUGUGUUAUGUAUGUUUUUUUGGGUGUACGUACGUACCUAGCUCGAUAAU